CAAAUAUCACGUCAUGAUUUGGCGCCAACUAACACGUGAAAAAACUAUUUUACAUCGAUAGUGAUAAUUAGAAUAACGUAGAAUUAUGGAACAUUUCAUUAUUCUUUUAAAAUAAAUAUUUUACAUUUUGUAUUUUUGAGUGAAUGAAUUUUUGAUAAAAUUUUACUAUGGCUGACGAAAAUUUAGUAAAAAUGGUUCAUAAAACAUUUGACAUCUAUGGACUUACAAUAACAAGAAAACUUUCUGCUAUAGUAGCAAAGCAUCUACAAAGUCGUUCAGAAUUAGAUCCAAAAGAUUGGUUGACUAAAAUUGUUGAACAAAUUUUGACUCAGAAAUUGUCCACUCCACGAGUUGAUAUUGAACAUUUAAGACUUGCUUUGGCAGAAUGUCUCAAACCACAAAGUACAUUAAAAGAAACAGAAACAACAUUGAAUGUUAUAGAUGUUUUUACAGUGCCAAAAGUUGGCUAUGACAUUGAUAAGAAGAAAUAUAUAUUACAGAAUAAUGAUUAUGAUUUAUUUUCUGAUGCUUCAUACAAGUCAUUAGUAUUUAAAGAUCGUCUGGAUUUGCUGUGGUACAGGACUCAAAAACAUUCUCUUUUUUCUACAACCAAAUUCGAAAGAUCUGAAGAAAAGAAAUCUGAAUUGGUUCCGUUAGAUUAUCUACUCAGUGAGUCCAAAACAAGAAAUGUUUGUGUAAUGGGUUUGUUAGCUCAGCUCACAGAAGGGCAAUAUUAUUUGGAAGAUUAUGGUGGUUCAGUGAAACUUAAUCUAAAAGAUACUAAGUUCGAUUCUCAUUUGAUUAUGGAAGGAUCUAUAGUUAUAGCAAGAGGAAAAUAUGUUGAUGGUUUCUUACAUGUUGAAAAUAUGGAUUUCCCACCAGCUGAGCCAAGUGAAAAUAGCCGUACAAAUUUUAAUACAGCCAACACAUUUGGCGGUCCUCAUCCUACAUCAUUAAAAUUUUCAGAAAAGUUGAGUGCUUAUGAAAAGGCAAAUAAAAAUGAUUAUUUAAUUUUUGUCUCAGAGGUUUGGGUGGACAGUGAAAUUGUCUUGAACAAAUUUAAAAUCUUACUCUCUGGAUACUCUGAAAAUCCUCCUAUUGCAAUAGUGUUAUGUGGACAUUUUUCAAGUUCUCUUUCAAAUGUAAAUAAUUUGAUUAAAUUAAAAGAAGGAUUCAAAAAGCUUGGAGCAAUAGUUACAGAAUUUCCUUUAAUACAACAAUAUACUAUGUUUAUUUUUGUACCUGGUCCAUAUGACUUGUGUGCUCCAAAAAUUUUGCCAAGGCCCCCUCUGCCAAAGUAUUUGAUGGAAGAUUUUUUGAAAUUUGUACCAAAUACUAAACUAGCAACUAAUCCCUGUAGAAUACAAUACUGCACAAAAGAAAUUGUUGUAUUCAGAGAAAAUAUGAUUUCAAAACUAUGUAGAAAUACUCUUAGCUAUCCAAAACCAACUUUUGAUGAAAAUGGUUAUAGCAUAACAGAGUCUGUACAUAAAGCUUUUGCAAAAUCCAUAAUUCGCCAGUCACAUUUGACUCCACUACUAUUUUCAGUAAUUCCUGUAUAUUGGAAACAUGAUCACGCAUUACAGUUAUAUCCAACACCAGAUCUUGUUGUUGUUGCUGAUGAUUUUAAACCGUACGAAACAACAUAUUAUGAAUGUAAAGUAAUUAAUUGUGGGUCAUUUGUCAAAAGUAAUUUUACAUUCAUGACCUACUAUCCAUCUGAAAAUGGAGUAGAUGAAUGCAUUUUACCGGAAGAUAUAAUUUAAGUUAAAACACAGUAAAAUUUGUAAAUAAUUCCUUUUAUUUUUGUAUGAACUUUUAAUAAUAUAUUUAUUUUUCUGUAUAAAACUUUA